AGGGCAAUCGCGAGAGAGGCUGCGAGUCGACUGAUGACACGGGUGUGGGAAGUUUCGUGUCGUCGUUUGCCGUUCAAUGGCCGCAACCUCUAAAGUGGAUGGUGCAAACUGUUGAUCGACUGGCCGAAUCCGACCGCCGAUGCCGAAGACCUGCUGAGCGAGCAGACGCGAUGUCGCAACAUUAGCAAGAUGUUGUCCUGCAACAGCAUCCUAGGCGCGGUGGUGCUGCUGUCCUUGGGGCUGCUGGCCUCGGCGCAGUGUCCGCUCCGGUGCCAAUGCCGCAUCGUCGGAAACAAACACAACGUUGAUUGCUACGAGCGCAAUCUCGAGGUUCCGCCAAAUUUUGGAAGUGAUAUGUACGAAACAAUGAACUUUGGCCGAAAUAAACUGAAGAAACUUCCCAGUUAUGCGUUCGAAAAGUUUCCUGGGCUCACGCACCUCAACUUAAGUUAUAAUUUUAUCGUAGAGUUGGAAGAAAGUUCUUUUAAAGGUCUUAGUAGUCUGACCGUGCUGGAUCUGUCCAACAAUUCAAUUGUGUACAUAAGGCCCUACUUUUUGACGCCAUGUCCGGGCAUCAUGUGGCUCUCCCUGGCCAGGAACGAAUACAUCGGGAAGGAAAUAACUUCGUUGGUGGCGCAUCAAAAAAACGCAACAUGGUUGGUGGCGCCAAGUCUGCGCACCUUGGUGCUCUCUACAUGCAACCUGGAAUUCUUCCCACCCUGGAUGGUGGCUGGUCUGCCGGGCCUGGAGACCCUGGACGUAUCCAACAAUAGAAUCAAGGUCUUGCCGGUGCUCAGCGUUGUCUCCGUGUGUCGUGUUCGAAUGAUGGACUUGUCCCGAAAUCCCUUCAACUGUGAAGGCAUCUGCGAAAAUGCCGUGACCAAGAAGUACUUGGCCGACAACAAGCAAAUCACCUUGGCCGGAAACGCCACCUUCUGCAUCAGGGCGCGCAACGGCUGCAACGUCAACAUCACAGAGGACGAGGAGGCUGUCAGACAAAAUUGUCUUCUUCAAGAAAUUCCAAAGCCCCUGGAGCGGAGACAGCCACGUUCUGUGUGGCUGUAUAUUGGUGCGGCGUCGGGUGGGUUGGUGGGGCUGCUUUUCCUUGCCCUGCUUUUCAACGGCAUCGUGUCCUCCUUCCGUAGGUCUGAGUCACCACCUCCGACGCCUCACUCAUCGCCGCACUCGAGGGCCGUCCAGCAGGAGCUCAAGGAAAUCCUCAGCCGACCGGAAUCAGUCUACAAACACUUGUGUAAUGAAUCAUCUAUCUCUGACUAGGGAUGACGAUUCCGAGAGUGAGCAUUGAUUUAGGAGAAGGGAAAUUCAGAGGGAGAGAGAGACAGUACCUGAUUUGACCAAGGUAUUUUCUGUGUUUGUGACUGCGCCUUUUGCAUUGAGAUCAAUCGUGUUUGUCUAAACUUCUUGUGCCUUAUUUUACGUCUCUCUGUGUAACACUUUUUAAUUAUUUGGUUGAAUCAAAGUAUGUUUUAACUUGCUUUAACUAAUUCAGACAAUGAAACAAAGGAGCCUAAUGUUCAAUUUCAGAGGACGCCUGGUAAAAGUGUUCAUUUUUGUAAUCGCCGGACUCGAAGAAAGUGGCAGGGCAGGACCAAAUUUUAUAUUUUUUGAAAACAUUUCUUGCCUUGCCCUGUUUUACUUGUGGACUGAUUGCACAAAACUGUUGAAAUGUUUAUUUGUAAAUGGACAAUAAAGGACCAGUGAAUCUUAAUUUGUAAUUAAAAGAGAACUUUUUAA